AAAAAGCCGGGAAGGUGCAGGUGAGGAAGAGACAAGGAAGUAAGCAGCAGCAGCAGCAAGCAGAGAUCGGCAGUGAAUAAGAGCGUUCGACAAAAGGAACUGCAGUGCACGUUUGCGAUACGAUAUUUGCUUGGAAUCAGGUUUUGGAAUAGUAGCUUUUUGGAGAGCGUAUUAGUGGAAAGAGAGCAAGUUAAGGACUACUACAUUGAAGUGAAUCAACGAGACGAGAUGGUUUGGAUUCCGUUUUGGUCAAAGAAGAGUGAUGCGUCUGCACCUGCGGAUUCGACCGCCGAAUCAGCGGCGAAAUGCCCGGUAGAUCACAGCAAGCUAGCGUCACCAGCAACAUCGUCAAAAGGCGCGUCCGCCUGCCCGGUCGACCACAGCAAGCUUGAUCCGCGGACAAACAUGCCUGCGAACCUUUCCGCGACGCAAAGGGUGCCCGGGCAAAAGAUCCCGCUGCCGACAGAGCGCACGAUGUCGUCGAUACCCCAGGGCGAGGACGAGGCGCAGGGGGUGUGGGAGUACCCUUCGCCGCAGCAGAUGCUGAACGCGAUGGUGCGCAAGGGACAUAAGGACACGCCGGAGCAGGACGUGCCGGCGAUGGUCGACGUGCACAAUUUCCUGAACGAGGGCGCGUGGAACGAGAUUCUAAAGUGGGAGGAGAAGUACUACAAGGCCUCUGGCAAGCAGCCGCGCCUGCUCAAGUUCACAGGCCGUCCGGAGACGCCGUCGCCGCGGGCGCGGAUGCUGCAGCUGAUGGGCGGCCCGCCACCGUUCGAUCGGCACGACUGGACGGUGCUGCGGUACGACAACAAGGGCGAGAAGCAGCAGGUGCGGUACGUGAUUGACUACUACUCGGGACAGCCCGAGCCGGACGGAUAUCCGAGCUUUUAUCUCGACGUCCGGCCGGCGCUGGACUCGGUCGGGAGCGCAUACGACCGCGCGGAGCUGUGGACGAAGGCUACGUGGGAGAAGGCGAUUGGGCGCGGAGGGCGGGUGGCCUGAGCAGCCAGCAAUCAGUGAGAUCCUGUAAAUAAUGCAAUUAAUGAUAAUCUCCUUUGGCAAUAACAUAAGAAGAGAUCAGUAGUUAUAAGAAGAGUAGACGAAGUAAACAGAUAAAGACACAAACCCCUCUUUAAUGUAAUCGAGGAAGAUGACAGCGGGCGCGGCCGCAAAGC